AUGUCGACGCUCGGUCUAGGGACCUUUUGUACAGAAUGCAUAGGCGUCAUCGGAAAAAUUCCACCGACACUGCUACUGGGGCUCCUCUUCGCCUGUUUUCUGGGACUACUCAGCUUGGCAUACGUCCUUCUCUUCAUCCUAGCACCCUCCCCGCGAGCCCCGUUCCCUGAAGAAAAGAAAUACCAGGCUAUUUCGGCAGAUGGAUCUAUCACAAAGGAACAACAGCUACCCUGUUGGCAAGAUAAGGUCACGCUGAAUGCGUACAAGCGUUCGGAUCUCGAGGAGCCAACACUUUUUAUGUCCGUAGUUAUACCGGCGUAUAAUGAAGAGAAUCGACUUCCUGGCAUGUUGGAGGAGGCAGUGGAUUUUCUAGAACGCACAUACGGAACGUCGGGUUCUUCCAACCAAGCAGAGAAAUUAAAAGCUACGGGGUUGCAGUCAUCGCCAGACGACCAGGGAGGGGAUACCCGUCAUCGACAGAAUGCGAAUGGCAAAGGAGCAUCCUUACCUACCAAAUCUGCAAACUCGACAUUGUCUGGCUGGGAGAUAUUGAUUGUCUCAGAUGGCUCUACCGAUAAAACCGUGGACAUAGCUUUAGGAUUUGCCAAGGACCACCAGCUCUCAAUCCAUCCGAAGGGCCAUGCAGGGCCGUGGACCCCGAAAUCAAAGGAAGGCGUGAAAAUCCCAGCCGGCAGCAUACGCGUUGUUCAAUUGACACAGAAUAGGGGUAAAGGAGGAGCAGUGACCCAUGGCAUGCGACAUGUUCGAGGACAAUAUGCCAUCUUUGCAGACGCAGACGGGGCCAGCAAUUUCAACGAUCUCGGUAAACUGGUGGAGGCGUGUCAGAAGGUAGAAGAUUCAGAAUGCCGUGCCGUGACUGUGGGGUCAAGAGCGCACCUUGUAGGAAGUGAUGUGGUUGUCAAGCGCUCUAAACUCCGAAAUUUCUUAAUGCACUCUUUCCACUUAGCGCUUCGACUUCUUACUCCUCCCGCAACUGCUAGAAUUCACGACACGCAGUGUGGCUUCAAGUUAUUCUCUCGCGCAAGUUUGCCAUAUAUUAUACCCUACAUGCAUUCAGAAGGCUGGAUCUUUGAUGUUGAAAUGCUCAUGUUGGCUGAGUUUGCCAACAUUCCUGUUGCAGAGGUGCCCAUCGGAUGGAAAGAGGUCUCUGGUAGCAAGCUUAGUGUUGUUUGGGAUAGUUUGGGGAUGGCCUAUGGCCUGGCUAUACUUAGAGCUGCAUGGGGAUUUGGCGUUUAUACACGGGCUGGAGCUUGA